AUGCUGUCUCGAUCUUCCAACAGUGCAGCAAGUCUUUUAGGCUGCCGGCUGCUCCCAGAAUGCAGAGCAAGCUUACUCCCUCCCUCCUUGCGCCGGCAUAAUGUAUCUAUCCGGUUCGAAUCCACCGAAACUGAUGAGAAUCACGACGAGACGCCGCCGCAACACGUAUCUUCGCGCCGUACCCCUGGCCACAACCGUCUGCAGCACCACCGACUCAAACGGAGACUGGGUAAAAAAGUACCCAUUUCUGUGAGCUCGCUUGGAAAUCCUGGUGAGGUAGUAGUGGUCAAGGAUCGGCAACGCCGUCGACUACGCAUAGCCAAGGAUGAGCCGAAGGAGGUCACCGACGAAAAUGCCCUUCCUCUCUUUUUGAGGGAAAUCGACAAUGACGAUCAAUUUGUUGAUAGCGAGCUGCUCAAAACUCGUGUCGAUAGUUUCCGUCUCGAUUAUGAACCUCAUCACAAGUUGCCCGUUGCCGAUUGGACGGCGCUCCGAAACGAAUUCCAGUCGUCAUUUACCUACCGGCAGUUAUUGGACUAUAUAAUAGAAUGGAAGGAGAAUGAGUUGGGCAGGGACGGAACACCAGAGACGACGCCCACACGCUGGACACCCGGAGUCUCCGAGUUUCUCGAAAGCAGUUAUCUUUCCCGAAAAGGUGUCGCCGAUAGGGUCGCAGCGUCUCAAGGUCUCAAGGGGAAAUUUCUACUGGCUGAAAGGAUACUUCGUGACUGCUGGCAUCUCGGAGUCCUUGAUGAAGUUGGUCAACUAGAUAUACAGCUGCCGACGCAUAUACUGUCUUUGCUUCUCAGUUCUCAGCAUUUCUCUUUCGAAGAAUUGGCCAACAUGCACGACGCAAAGAUUGAUGUCACGCAUUCGCUUGGUCUUGUGAGAAUCACAGGAAUGCAACGUAUCUGCGAAUCAAUCAGUGAGAUUGUACACGAUGCCAUGGCUAGGGUUCGACAAGAAAGCAUUGAAUUGCCACCUGACGAAACGAAGACGAGAGUCAACAACCGCAUCUACACUCCAGAGUUCCUCUCGUGGGUGACCAAAACCUAUAGAGUAGCAUUCGAACAAAAUACACCACAUACGCCAAGCCAAAUCUACUAUCUUGCCGAAGACAAACAGGAUGCAGAUAAUGCCCGUAGGGCCCUGCACCUUGCCUAUUACAGUGGAACUGCUCCUGCUGUACCGUUCAGCACAUACCUACCCUCAACUGAGCCAGCCAGUGUCCAUGACAUUGAUCCUGAGAACAACACGUCAUGGUUCGAGAGGCAAAAGGCGUGGUUCCGAUGGGCCACACCAGCAACGCAGUCUGACGAGGUGAAGCCCUCGGACACGGUAAUGUUCGAUAACCAUCAAACUCGGGUAUCCGACGAGCUUUUCAAGCUACUUCGACAGAAAUCAUCCGUCACUCAUCAGGCACAUUCUGAGACCGGCGCCGACUUUCAUGAAUCCAUCACGGCAGCAGUCGGCAAAUGCCUCUUCCUACGCAAGCCAUUCUUCGAAGAGAGCUCGGUCAACGCUUCUCAGCUCGGCAGAAUGUCACUUCCAAGGACCUUCACCACCGACAUCCCUCGCGCAGCGCAAUUUCUCCGCACGCUCGCCCCUAAACCAGUGGACGAGCACCAACAAGCCUACCGCUUCCGACUCGUCCCAUCAGCUCUUAAUGCCAACGUCUUCCCCCAACUCGAGCUAGAAGUCACUGCCAAAACAAGCAGCACACCCGAAGAUGCAACCCCCGACUUCUCCAUGCGCAGCGCAAAACUUAUCCUCUCCGAAAGCAACGUCGAUUACCUCCUCCCCGAGAACGGACUUGACCUCCGCUUUACCCGCAAACUCACCCGGGAGCUCCUCCCCCAGUCCCAGGACAGCAACUCCUUCUCCCUCUCAAACAUCGAGGAAUCCCUCCGAAGCCUCUUCUCCCGCACCUCCACAACAGACGGAGAACUCCCUCUUCCCCCGUUCACACAAGUCACUCUCCCCCGCGAUAUCCUUCCCCAGGACGCCGCCGACAGCUCCGCAGAGUACAUCUUCCUCCCCGUCAGCGAUAUCCGGGGAACUCGUAUUCACAAGUACGAUUUCCGUGGCCAGCAGCUCAAUUAUGCUUUCUACGAGAGCGGGCCGUUCAACCCGUACUCUACCACAGACUUGUUCCUGAAUAUGGAUAUGACGGACGGUUCUGCGUCGGCUGAUUCCAACGUUGAUGUUUCCUCCGAGAAUGUGUCGCGGGAUGCUGCUGCGUCCAAGGAAGAGUUCCACACGUUCUAUAACACUGCUUGCGCCCUGGCUUUCGAGUUGGAUAGAGCGAGGCGCUUGGGAGCUGUUUGGAAUGAUACUAUCUGA